AUGUGGAGCUCUGUCUUGUCUGUCUGUCUUGUCUGUCUGUCUUGUCUGUCUGUCUGUCUGUCUGUCUGUUGCAAUGUCUUUGAUGCCAUCUAUUUUUGCUUUUUCAUUUUAAUAUCUAUAUCAAAUUCACAAUGGAUAACAUUAAAUAAUCAAUUAUCAACAUUGGCAGGUGUUUCGAUUAUGCGAUUUAAUCCAAAACAAUCAACAUUGUAUACACUUUCACAAGAACAAAACUAUAGAGUCAAUGUAGAUGAAACCAAUCAAGGUGGCUAUACAAAAGUGAUCAAUAGUAGGAAAAGUAAUCUUCCUGAGAUUAGUCAAUCAAUUAGAGCAUACACCACUGUUCAUGACAAUGAUAUUAUUUAUGCAUUGACUUCAAAUGGAACACUAUUUAAAGCAUCUACCUCGAAUCGAUCGACAAACUAUAAUUUCAUACAACAAUCAAACGAUUGGUUGGUCAAUGAUGAAUCUAUUCCACCCAUUCGUUAUGCAACAUUUGUAAACGAUAGAUAUUUAGUUUUGGCUUGUAGAAAUACAUCUGAAUCUAGUGGAGAAAUUAUUGUCAUUGAUAUUAGUAUAAAUAAUAUGACAACAACAAGUGGAGAGAUUUUAUAUAGAUUUGGGUCUAAUGUACUUAAAGAUCCUGUACAAUUGGAAUAUCAUCCAUCUAUUCAAAAAUUAAUGGUACUUGAUAGUGGAUUGUGUCACCAGUUUACACUUCAAGGUGUAUAUAUUGGACAAUUGGACUGGUCUAACAAAUCAAUUCAAAUAACACCAAAAUCAAUAUCCUAUUCACCAAAUGGUCUAUUUCAUAUUUUAGAUUCAGAUUCUUGGUCUAUUUUUACUUUUUGGAAAGAUAAUAUUUAUAAUUUUGUAAAAUUAAACAAAUCAAAUAUUAAAUUUACCAAUAUUGCAUCAACAGAUAAAGGAGUUUAUUUAUCUUCCAUUUCAGGUAUUCAAUACUAUAAAUGGGAAGGACUAGUGGUAGAUUAUUCAUUUUAUAGUAAUGGAAGAGUUCAUAUCAUUGGUAAUGGAUUAUCAUAUACUACAGAUGUAAUUGUCGAUGGUUCUCUACAGUGCCAAGAUCUAUUUGUUUUGAGUGACAGCCAUAUAUCUUGUCGAUAUCAAAAUACACAAAUUAUAGCAAAUGUAACACUACCACUAUUCAUUGUCAUCAAUAAUACCGAUCAAUUUCAAAAUAGUAAUGAUACCAAUCAACAUUUUAAUCCAAAUCAAAUAAUAACCAGAGAAUCUCAUUUUGAAUACCAACCUGAUGGUUGUCCAUUAACCUUUUGGUAUGAUGCCGUUAAAAAUAUUUGUAAAAAAUCAAUGAAUCAAUCAAUUUAUCUUUAUAAAUAUAAAUUAGGUAAUAAUAUUACAUCUAGAAUUUCAUUUGUUUCUGGUAAAGAGACAUUAUUAUGUCCAAAUGGUUGGAAAUAUGAUUCAACAAGAGUAUAUGAUAUCCAACAUUAUAGAUAUCUACAAUCACAAACCUGUUGGAAUUCUGCCGUCAAAACAUCAACCUAUACUCAAAUAGAAUUAUAUUCUCUAUAUGAUUCAGAUAUUACUCGAAAAGAACCCACCGCUGGCCAAUCUUCUUCUUCUUCGUCGUUAUCACUUGAUAUUGAUUGGGGAUCAAGUUUGUGUAGUGUUCCAUAUGAUGCACCAUCUACAAUCGAUUUAUCAGUGACGGAUAAUUUAUUUAAAUUUGUUUGUCACGAUACCAAUAGAUCCACACAAUAUAUACUCGACCACGAACCAAACGAAUCAGAGAUGUGCAAUUCAACGACUACAGUAGGCAAUGUCAUUGAUCAAAUCGUACUUUGGUCAUAUUUUGUGCCAAGACAUUGUGUGAAUGGAAUUUUAAAUCGAGAUACUGGUCUGUGUAGAUGUAGUAAAGAUUGGUCAGGUGACAAUUGUGACAUUCCUCAUUGCUCUGUAAAAUCAAUGAGAUACAACAACUCGACACGUCAAUGUGAAUGUCCAAACAAAGUAUGCCCCAACUCACAGAACCAGAUAUUUGACAAGAGCACAUGUAAUUGUAUAUGUAAAUUAGAGACACCAUAUAAAUGUAGUGACGAUGGUCGUUGCGUUACCAAACAAUCUCUCUGUAUAAAACCAACACAAGUCCCUCAACAACCAAACAAUACCAACACAUGUAAUUCUAGCCACCCCUAUCAAUGUUGGAACGGACAGUGCGCACUCAAUGCAGAUUCUUGUAGACAGACCAAUGGGUCAAUCGAUUGUUUAUUUCAAACGUGUUGUUGGGAUGGUACACCAAUCGAUGACGUCAGUAAUUGCCCAGUACUUCCUCGUUGUCUUCCUCCCUUUUCAUUCCGAUGCAAAGAUGGUUCUUGUCAAAUGGGAGCUAGCAUGUGUCCACCAACAGUCACUCCCACACCAAAGCCUUGUAUCGACUCGAAUUGUCCAGAGUUUGACAUGUGUCCUCCCUCAUUUCCCUACCGGUGCUUCAAUGGACAAUGUGUCUCAUAUAAAGACAACUGCAAGGCAUGUCCAAAACGCCACCAACAAGAUGAUAUUUUUUAUCAAAACCAAACCAAUUGUCCAUUACCAACCUUUGUCAAACCGAUUACAACACAGCUUACCAUUCCUAUUGGAUCGCAUAGAAUCAUUCAUGUCUAUGAUACCGUAACCAAUUUAAUCUCAAUCAUUGAUUUGUUUAUUCCUUCCUCUUCUUUUAUAAGUUUAAAUCAAACAGAAGUUAUUAUUAGACCAGUUUCAACAUCAUAUCUUUAUAAUCUAUUUGGUCAACAAAAUGAUAAUAAUAGCGUAACAAAUCAAUGGGAAAAAAGAAUUCAAUCACCAAUUUUAAAUAUUACAAUGCCAUCAUUUAAAGAUAAUAGUAUUCUUUUAUUCAACAUAUCAAUUUCAUUUAGAAUUCAAUCCAAUUCUACCCUACAUAAAGUAUCUAAAUUAUUGAUAAACCAACAAAAUGUCGUCCAACCAGAACAACAAGAUACACAACCAACAGAAGAAGAAAAAAGGAAUACAUUUAUCAAUACAACAACCAAUCAAUGGCAAUGUAUUGAGCAAAAUUUGACAUCUUUGGUUGCACAACAACACAACCGAGAUAUUAUGAUGGUUACAGGAGAGACAAAUCAUUUUACAUGUUUUGCAGUUUUACUUCGGUCAGAAACCUAUCAAGAUGACAGUGAUGAAUAUCAACCAAUUGGGACAAGCAAAUGGGACAACAAUGACCUGCCAACAUUUUUAGGUGUGCCUCGAAAUUACUUUAUAGUAUCAGUGUUUGGUGUGGUGGGAGGUGUAUUAUUGGUGAUGUUUGGAACUGUUUUCUAUUAUUCCUACAAAAAGUAUGGUAUGCUUGGAAAGAUAAAUUAA